AUGAUUCGUGGGGUAAUAAAGCGCAAGAAAAAGGACUCACAGAAACGAAUCUUAGCUGGUGCUACCAUCCGUGCACCCACACUAUUUCCAGCCGCGAUCGCAAAAUCAAACUUUCUCAUGUUGAACGCAUUUAGAGUCGGGCGGAUUGGAGCCACCAGGCCAGUUUUCCGGUCGGGGUUUGUUGGUAUUAGACAAUACAGUGAGCAGCAUUUGACACAUAACCCCGAAGGUGUGGAAAAACAACAAGAAGUCAAUGGCAAAAUAGUCACCCGGACCAUCCCUGUGACAGUAGAAAGAGAGCUUCCAGACCCUUUCGUUUCCCAAAAGCAGAACAGAAACUACUUCUGGACUUAUGGAAUAGGUGUGACGCUCGCGUGUGUCAUAAUAUUCAACUAUGAGAAAACAAGAUCGCCCAUUGUGAAUUCUACAUUGUACUUGUUGAGAAUGUCUGACGAAGUCACCAGUCGUCUUGGAGACAACAUUGAUUUCAAGUCGCUGUGGCCAUGGAUUUCCGGUACUUUGAACACCGUGAGUGGAGAUAUUGACAUUGAAUUUGCCGUUAAGGGCUCGAUCAGAGAUGGUAUGUUGAAAUUGCGAGCUUCAAGAACGUCCAAAACACAACCGUUUGAUGUCCAUGAAUUCACUUUGACAGUGGAUGGAGAAGUGCUUGAUUUGAAACAGACAGCACUUGGCGAAUUUUUAUAA